GCGGCACGAUCUGGGAAGUGCAACUCCUGUCGUGUGCAGCGAUCGUCACAUCGCGAAUUUCAAUAUGAAACUAACCGGAGCAUUACUCUGUCUCGUCAUCGGUUUCGCCGUCAUCAAGGGCUUCUCCAUUUCCGGCGGUGCUUCUUUCGAUGGAAAUGGCGUAUCCGCUGGGGGUUCUGUAAGUUUGCCGAGAAUCUUAGGCAGUUUGUUCAGGCCUCGACCGAGACCUCCAGGCCCUCCAGGCCCUCCAGGCCCUCCACGCCCUCCAGGCCCACCAGGCCUACCAGGCCCUCCGCGCCCUCCAGGCCCACCAGGCCCUCCGCGCCCUCCAGGCCCUCCCAAACCGAACAGUAACAGCACGGAUAGUGGCAGUCCAAGCAGCAAUAGUACAAAUAGUAACAGUACGAGUAGCGCUGAUCCCAGCAACAAUAGCACGAGCAGUGACAACCAGAAUAGCAAUAGCACGAGCAGUGACAACCAGAAUAGCAAUAGCACGAGCAGUGACAACCAGAACAGCAAUAGCACGAGCAGUAACAACGCGAACAGCAAUAGCACGAGCAGUGACAACUCGAACGAUAACGGCAAUAGCACGAGCAGUGACAGCUCAAAAGAUAACGGCAAUCGUACUGAUAAUAGUGUUUUGCCGCUAUCCGAUAGGAGAUCCCCAAUUUCGUUAAUUCCCGGACUAUCAUCAAACGGUAUUCCUUCAAUUCCACGUAUCCCCGGUCUUGAUGGAGAUUCUGCGAUUCCAGGAGUCAGUCAAGCCCUCGACAUGGCCCGUCAACACGUGGCUGAAGCGCUGUCGCUGGGAAACAAUUUUGAGUCGGGUAUUAGCCAGGCAAUUACUAACGCACUUUCUAGUGAAGAUCCAUCUACUGCACUUCGUGCGCUCAACUCAACGAUCAUCGAAGCUUAUGCCACCAUCGCCGCUAAUUGUCCCCUGAUCGUGGUCGGUAAUCGUGUUCUCCAAGAAGGCAUAAGGCUGGCCGGGGAAGUUGCCAAAUCUGCUGGAAAUGUUCUUUUGGGCACGAAUUCAACAUCGACUCCAUAAAAAUUCUUAUUCCGUAAUCGCUUUAUCUCGAACCUUUCGCUGAUCGAUGCAGUUGAAAAAAUGCUGAGAUCGGCUCAGAGGUCAUGGGACCGUUGAAAUAUUAUUUUCCCUUUGAUCUCUGCUGAUACUUUUGCAUCGACGGUCACAUUCAUUUUCAUCAACGCAAGGAUCCUCGAGAUAAUAAAUUUUUCGUAGAAUAGAUCGACGCAAUGGGAA